AGUAAUUGAAACACCUUUCUACGUAAAUGGCACGGAAACCACCGCAGCUACGGCUUCCUUUACACUCUGUGGGCUGGCCAUGUAUCCCGACUUACUUAAGGAGGUGCGCGAGGAGCUGCAGUUAUGGAAAGUCAUAAGCUCGAACGCGGGGGCAAGUUCACUUACAAAGCACUGCAGGAUUUGAAGUUCCUGGAUAAGUGUAUUAUGGAAACCAUACGCAAGUAUCCCGGUCUGCCCUUCCUCAAUCGGGAGUGCACUCAGGACUUUGAUAUCUCUUUUGGGCAUACAACGCGAUGCCAGCUACUUUCCCAAUCCCGAUGACUACGAUCCACAUCGAUUUGAUGCCGUUGCUAUGAAAAUGAUCAGUUUGCAUUUAUGCCCUUUGGCGAGGGCCCCAAACAUUGCAUAGCUAUGCGCAUGGGCAAGGUUAGUUUUAAGCUGGCUGGGACCAAGGUACUUGCCAGCUUCGAUUUGAUCCAGGCCACGCAAGGAAGUCGAGUUCGUCUUCAAUCUAGCACCCGCCCUGGUGCCCAAGGGGGGGCGAAGCGUGUCUAGGGCGAGCAUUCUAUAAACAAGAAAAAUAAAACGCAAAAGCAUUUUUGAAAUCUGA